UGUGUAUCGGUAAAGAUGGCGGCGCACUGUACCGGUAUCAUGCGUGUCCGCGGGCUGUGUAAGAUACUGUCCCUCAGCACGGGAGAGCCCGCGGGCCGGGCCGGGUCCGGCUGGAGCUGGAGGUGGGCGAGCAGAUACAGAACCAGAGCAGGGGAACGAGGAGAUCCGGAGACUGAGAGCUCCACAGGAGGAGGAGAAGGAGGUCAGUCUGAUCUCCUGCUGGAGUUCCCCAAACCAAAGCAACUGCUCCACACCACGCUGAGUAGAUCACUGAAGUCCUCUGAUAUGGCGAAGUUCAUUCGCUACAGCUGCACUGAUGGGGAGGUUAAGAGGGCAACAGUCACAUUGCUCUGGCCUCAGAAGAUUGAGGUGGAGGGGUUCAGCUCCCGGAAGGACGAGGCGGAGCGACGUGCAGCUGCAGCCGCCUGCCUUAAACUUAAAGAGCUUGGGCUGCUGGUCACAGACAACCAGAUGCCCAAACAAAAGCUGUCCAGGAGGUCUUCUGUUCAGUCAUCCUUGUUCAGCGAUCCUGAGGAGGACACGUGUAUACACGAGCAACUGCAGCGAGUUCAAACUCUGAAGAACCGAAGACAACGAGCUGCAGAAAGCACAAGUUUGCUGCAGGAGGAUCCCAAGGUCACUGAAGCACUGGCCAUCUUCCCCCGUCCAAAAGUCCUUCUGGGAAAAUUUAUUCAAGUGGCCACGUCUCCUAAUAAGAUCAGGGAGCUUCUUCGGUACAGGACGGAAGGAGGGAAGGUGAAGAAGUGCCAGUUAACUGUGGGCUGGCCCGAACCGAUGACCUUCACAGCCGUAGGCCGCCGCAGACUGGACGCCGAGACCCGAGCUGCAGCCCUCGCCUGCCUUAAACUCAAGGAGAUGAAUCUGCUGGAUGAACAGAACAAUCCUUUGACACAUGCCAAGUACCACCAGGACGAGGUGCGGGAGGCCGGGAGGCGUGAGAGGAGGCCGUGUCUGGUGGAGAUCUCAGAAGAUCUGAAGCACAGGAUAAGAGAUUACCUCGAUCAGUAUCCGCUGAAAGUAGACAUGCAGAGUCUGUGGGAUGAAGAGGAAGAGCAGUCCAGGUAUCGGCAGUCUUCCUCAGUUGCAGAGGAAGAUGAAGACGAUGAAGAUCCUGUAACGGACACCAUCACCGGCAGACCUUACCGCGCCCUACAUCCCAGGGAGGCAGAGAGCCUGAGUGACAGCCUGCUGAAGCAGUGGGAGAGGGCGGGGCCUCUGAGGGGGGCGGAGCUUCCCGUGGACUCUCACAAGGAGCGCCUGUUAAAGGCAGUGGCGGAUUCGCGGGUGCUGGUAGUCGCCGGGGAGACCGGAUGCGGGAAGACCACCCGGAUCCCGCGGUUCUUACUGGAGGGGAGAGUGAGGGACCGGGAGGGCGCCCACUGCAACGUCCUGGUCACGCAGCCACGCAGGAUCAGCGCCGUGUCCGUGGCUCAGCGUGUCGCCCACGAGAUGGGCCCCGCCCUUCAGAACUCUGUUGGAUACCAGGUACGUCUGGAGUCCCGGCCUCCCGAGCGCAGCGGUGGCGCCCUCCUCUUCCUCACGGUGGGCGUUCUCCUGAGGAAGUUGCAGUCUAACCCCACCCUGAAGGGGAUCAGUCACGUGGUGGUGGACGAGGUGCACGAGCGCGAUGUGAACACGGACCUGUUGUUGGCGCUGCUGCGCUCUGCUCUGAGAGAGAACCCGGAUCUGCGCGUGGUCCUCAUGAGUGCCACGGGGGACACCCAGCGCCUGGCCCAGUACUUCGGGGGCUGUCCUGUGGUGCGCGUGCCGGGGUUCAUGUACCCCGUGAAGCAGUGCUACCUGCAGGACAUUAUGGAGGAGAUGGGGCUGAAGCCAGAGCAGAAGAGCAGGGAGGAGAGACGCACGCAGAAGGAAGAAGAUGAUGCAACCCCCGACCUUGAUUUUACAGCCAAUGUCAUCGACCACAUUCACAGACAUGGAGAGCCAGGUGCAGUGCUGUGUUUUUUGCCUGGCUGGCAAGAAAUAAAGGCGGUUCAGGAGAAGCUGGAGGAAAAACAGGCUUUCAGAUCAGGCUCACAGAUGAUCCUGCCAUUGCACUCCAGUAUGUCUGUGGCAGAUCAGCAGUCUGUGUUCCAGAGCCCCCCGCAGGGCCAACGCAAAAUAGUUCUGGCCACUAACAUUGCUGAAACCUCCAUCACCAUCAAUGACAUCGUACAUGUUGUGGAUUUGGGCUCUGCAAAGGAGCAGGGCUACGACCCCAGAACCAAGGUUUCAUGUCUAGAUACUGUCUGGAUCUCACAAUCGAACGUCACUCAGCGGAGAGGCAGGGCGGGCCGAUGCCAGCCUGGCCACUCUUAUCACUUAUUCCCUCGUGAACAACUAGAGACCAUGAUGCCUUUUCCCAUCCCUGAGAUUUUACGAACCCCUCUGGAGAACCUGGUGGUUCAGGCCAAGAUCCACAGCCCUGAUAGUAAGGCUGUAGAAUUCCUGUCUCAGGUGCUGGACUCUCCAGAGCCAGGGGCAGUGCGUGACGCAGUGAAGACUCUGCAGGAUAUCGGAGUGCUGGACAGUUUGGAGUGUCUGACUCCGCUGGGCGAGCGAGUGGCGUGUAUGUCAUGUGACCCGCGCUUGGGAAAGGCUCUGGUUCUCUCAGCUGUGUUCCGCUGUGUGCAGCCCAUGCUCUCUAUAGCUGCCUGCCUGACCCGAGACCCGUUCUACAACAGCCUGCAGAACCGCGCCCUUGUAACCAAGGCUAAGGAGACUUUGAGUGGUUCCAGCUGCAGUGAUUACAUGGCGUUCAGCAGGGCCCUGCAGGGCUGGCGGGAAACGUGGGACAGAGAGAGUCGUCAGGAAUAUCUGGAAACGUACACGCUGUCAGGAACCAGUCUGCGUUUCAUACAUGGCCUUACACAGCAGUUCAGUGAUAAUCUGAUGGAGGCGGAGCUAGUGGAUCGAUCUGUCGACUGUCUCCGCCCCCUGUCCAAGCUCAACCAGAACAGCCAACAGGAGGAGCUACUAAAAGCCGUGCUGCUGGCAGGGUUUUACCCAAACCUCAUACAGGUGAAAAGAGGCGUAGUGACCAAGAGUGGCAGGUUCCGUCCUGACAACAUAACCUACCAAACCCAGAGUGGGUUUGUGUUACUCCACCGAUCCUCUGUCAACAGGGGUAAACGAGAGCUCCCCAGCCGCUGGCUCACUUUCUUCACUGCUAUGAAAGUAAAUGGACAAGUUUUCAUCAGAGACUCGUCCACGGUCCACCCGCUCUCCAUUCUCCUCCUAACAGACUCUGACCUGGUGGAAAAAGUGUCCCCGGAUGGGGUGUUGGUGUCUUUGCCCGGCUCUCGGGUACGCUGGGAGCUGUCCGAACAGACGUGGGAGCUGCUGUGGGACCUGCGCACAUCUCUCCAGACCAUGAUCCAGCGAAACCUCCAAGCUUCUGAUGCGCUUUCUAACGCAAGCCGCUCGCAAGACGAGCAGCUGAUUUCUUUACUGGUGGACCUUCUGAACAACACCCAGCCAGACGCUAACAGUGACGACUCCAGUGAUGAUGAGGAUUAAUCAGCUGAGCUUUAUUGGGCUGGAGUGAAGCAGCACGGCAUGCACUACUUUUCUACAUUUGUGUGUGGGACCAUUCAGAGAGGUGUAUAAGAGGGACCAGAAGAAAAUACAGAAAUACUAUAUACA